UAAGCGUGGAGUGCAAACGUAUAAGGGUCCUUGUCCCGAUAGCGAGGGAGAUAGGGAAAAGAUAAACUUGUAUCCGCAGAAACUGAAGAAUGAUAACAAAAUGUUUGAUCACGACCAAAUCGUCAUCCUUCUGUCGAUCUUGGAUCCCUCAGGUGUCAAGUCGCGCGUAUCAUCCUCGAAGACAACCGUGGUUGAACAGGUCAAUACGUCACACCUUCCGUAAAUCAGGAAGUCCACCUCUAUCAAGUUUAAAGCGAGACUUUCGCCAGAAAUCGUUGAGCGACAUUAUUGACGGGAAGCAAGGAUUUCCCGUAUCACAUCAGCGGAAUACACGCAUCUUCCAUCCAUCUCACGAACUAUCAAAACAAGCACCGUUGUUGGCGGAGAAUGCGCCAAGAUGCUCACCCUCACUAGCACUAAAUCUGAGACCAUAGUUCACGAGGACCAGAACAUCAUCAACAAAGGCAGAAACAGUCUUCGUAUUCGAGACCAGAGCGAGCUGAUGAGCUCGACCUCUGUUCCGUUUUCAUCCAUCUUUGCCCCAUCCCUCAGACAGACUCAGUCAAGCACCACCCCCACCAUCUCUGCCCUCAAUUACGUUCGCCUCCAGCCGAGUAUGAUCACAAGCUCUCCGCCCAAAAUCUCUAUGCGGGCUCUUAUGGGCAAGGAGAAAGGCUGUUUCAUGUGGGUGCAUCUUCAGGCCUCGAUCUGUACGGAGUGGGCUCAGAGUUCCAUGGUCCUGAGCCCGGGCACCCAAAUUGGGGCGCGUGUCACGACCACUGCCCAGCAAACGGGUGAAGUGGGUGCCAUUUUGCAGGCUCUCGCGGGUACGGACCAUUUGCAUGCUACCAAUGGCGGCGAGAAGCAACCCAAAACCAUUCAUAGAUGCAUUUUACAACGAGCUAAUCGGAACAAGUCGUCUCCGAACACGCUCAAAUGUCACGUAUGUGAGGCCAGCUAUCCCUCGUAUGACAAAUAUUACUGUCACUUGAUCGAUUCCACUUGCGCCAACCAGAAGGAGGCCCUUGAGCGAGUGGCUCAGAAGAGUCCCACUUCACCCGGAAUCAUGGUUCGGGUUCUUCCUCUAGGACAGCAACGGCCAAAUUCUGUAAGGCAAGUCCCACAUCCCCUGGUUCUACCCUCAACCACAAAUCUCAAGAAAAGAACGUUUUUGGAAAGUCCCGUGGAUAAGAACCGAACUUUGGUUGAGAUCCAGAUUUCCCCGGACGCUCUUUUGCCUCUGAAAAAGAAACGGGUCUAUGAGGACCUCAUGUGGCGAACGAAUCAGGAAGACAACACUCAAGCUAUCCGCUCGGAAGAUACUGAUUUGGGCAAGGAUGACGAGGAUGGCACAUCCAAGGGCAAUGUAACUAAAUUGGACAACAUGAACGAGCUCCCGCUUAACCUGAGCAAGAAGGCAAACCUGGACAUUACAAGUCGUGAUCCUCCAGCCCUUCUCCCACUCAGGAAAAGACUCUCUUCGUCCUCUAUGAAUCGAGGCUGCGUGUCGUCGGUCUCUCCUUUCACCUCCUCAAAUAGUGAGGCUAGUCAGAGUAUGUCCGAGGACAAUGACAAAACCACCUCAGAGACGCUUAACUUGCUCGUGGGAUCCAUUUCCGAGUACAACAACGGCCGCUCUCUGAGGUUGGGCAAGGCAGCCUCGGAAGAGCUGGUUCAAGGUAUCAAGGCCGAUCUGGCCUACAAUUGUCCGCAUGUCGAGGCCACGACUUUGCCGGCCGUGAGCUUAAUCGAGCACGCCAAUGACGCAUCUCGGCUGUCCACGAUGAAAGGCCAAUUAACCAAUCUAAUGGUGUCGUUGCUCGGCGAAUCAAGAAUCACCAACAUGGGAUAUCCCGAGACGGACAUUCUGGACGUCCUCAGCAGAGUCCUUUCCGGGGCGAAGCGCGAAGUCAUUUCGGCCGAGGACGACUGCACGGAAUUUUGUCGACGUUUUGAGGAGUCAACCCAACUGAGGUUCCGUAAAUUGAAACGCGAAAUCAUCGCUGCAAGGAAGAAUAUUCAGAGCUUCUUGGAAAUUUGCGGGAACAACAAAUUGAGGGAACAGUGGAAGAGUAAAUCCGUGGAGGAUAUUCUUCAAGAUAUUCUCCAGCGCGGACUCACGCACAUGGAAAGUUAUUCGCGGGGCCUUUCCGAGGUCGUUUAGCCCGAGCCUAUUUCUCUGCAAUUCACACAAGUCAGGAGUUCGCACUUUCAGUUCCUUAUCUGGGGUAUUUCGUAUCACCGUUUUGAAUUCUGAAAUUGAGCUGUUGUUAGAUGAGCUGCAACGGUUCUUUCUUGACAUUACGGUUAGGAAGACCACAUCGAUCUCAUACAGACACUCAGAUUCCACCACUGCUUAAUCGAAAGAACAUGGGACAUUCGUAUGGACCUUUUUCCAAGCUCCAGUUAACUAAACUUUAACUCUUUUUCUGUAGAAACCCUGUGAUAAUUCCAAAAUAAAAAACGAUAAAUAAAGGAAGCCGUAAUCAGGA